AUGAACUUUUUGCAGAUGUCUUUGAUAAGGAAGUUAGUAGAUUGUCUACAAGAGGUGAAGACUAUUGACUACACUGAUACUUCUAAAGAUCAAGUGCGUUUGAACAAGUACAAAGCUGAGAACGUGUUUAACCUAAUAUACCAAAUUGGUCUGAGAAAAGAAAGCUUCACCACUGAAGAAAAGAGAACCAUCGGAAAUUUAUUAGCUGACACCAUAGGAUAUUUGCUAAUCAACAUCGAGAGCACAGCCAACGUCUACCGAACUAGACUGAGCAAUUCUGUUCUUAAGAAGAGAUCAGCAGUUCAGUUCCUGAUUGAUAACUACUCGCAGUUUCCAGUUGGGAAUUCAAAUUUAGCUGAUAAGUUCCGGAAAGUAAAUAUUGAAGAAAGCGUCGAGAUACUCGACGAUAUUAUAGACAAGUGGCAUGAUAUGACAGAUUCUGACGAGGACUCAAGUGACAAAGAAAGCGCCGGUGCUAACGAAGUACCAGAAUCCCAUACCUGGUGGUCAAAG